AGCAGCUCUUCCACCACACGCCCCCACCCCGUAUCAGGUUUCGGGGCCCGGCGGCCACACCCACGUGGACCCGUCGAGACGAACUCGGCGUGGCGCUUCUGUCGGGGGGACCCGUCGUACUGUAUGGGACCAUGGCGGUGAACGUGCAAGAUGGCAGCACCGAUGCGGGCGCGGAUGCCAGCAGCGUGACCGCGAAGGUCUUCUCGUCUCAUCACAGCUCGUGGUCGGUGCACAGCUCCGUCCCCUUCGAGCUCUUAGAAAUUCCAUCCACCAAGAACCACACAGCCACACCCGUGGGCAGCGAGGUGUUCGUCUUCGGCGGCUAUGACGGCCAGAAGAAUCACAACGAGUUGUACGUCUUCGAUCUUCCCUCAAUGGAGUGGAGGCAGCCCGAGGUCCUAGGUACCAAGCCCAGUGGCCGAAAUGGACAUUCGGCCACCCUCUUGGGUGAGAGUAUCCUGAUCUUGGGCGGCUGGCUGGGGAAUGGGCCGCUGGCCGCUGGCGACAUGCACCUGCUGAAUUUGAACCCCUUGAAAUGGCUGGCUCCGCGCUUCUCGGGCGAGCCGCCGGGGCCAUGCAACAUGCACACCGCGGACCUGGUGGGGAAGAACUUGUAUGUCUUCCGCGGCGGAGAUGGACGUGCGUAUCUGAAUGAUCUGCAUGGCUUGGACAUGGACACCGACACGUGGUUUCCAGUCAAGACCACCGGAGAGCAGCCGCCUCCACGGGCGAAUCACGCCUCGGCGGUGGAUGAUUACAAGCUCUACAUCUUUGGGGGCUGGGAUGGCACCAAGAGGUUAAAUGACCUCUAUGUGCUCGACACCCGCGACAAUGUCUGGACCAUGUUGAAGCCCAGUGGAUACACCCCGCAAGCGCGGGCGGGCAUGACAUUGUCCAUAAUCCGUGAUUGCUUGUAUCUCUUUGGAGGCUCUGGGCAUACGACCCGAUGCUUCAACGACGUGCACGUCUACGAUCCCAAGGAGCAGGCCUGGUUCCUCUGUGCCCAAGCCGACCUCGGCGACGGGCGCGGCGUGGGUCCCGCCCGGCGGGCGGGGCACGUGGCGGUGGCCGUGGACCGGCGGCUCUUCGUGAGCGGCGGCGCCUGUGGGACGCAGUACUACGGCAAAGGCAAGUGGUACAUCCUGGACACGGACGCGCCGCCGCCCAUCGAAGUCUCCGCAGCGCCGGCCUGUGCGGAGUCCGUGAGGAGGGUCAUGAGCGAGUACUUGAACAAGGUUUUUGUUGCUUCUUGGUCAACCAGACCGAGCAGACCAUCACCGGACACCAGACCGAGCACGGAGGAGCAGUUUUCAGACGUUUGCUUCGUGGUGGAGGGCAAGAGGCUCUACGGCCACCGAGUGCUGCUCACACUCUUCUCGGACUACUUCCGAAAGGCGUUCGCCUGCGGCAUGCGAGAAAGCUUUGAGCCGGACAUCAUCAUCGAGGAUGUCUCUUACGAGAUCUUUUACGCGCUCUUGGAGUUUUUGUACACCGGGAGGCUCCAGUUGUCGUCGGGACAACAGGGUGACGCUUGCUUCCUGGUAGGGUUGCUGCGGGCGGCCGACCAGUUCUGCGCCGACUGCGUGAAGCAGCUGUGCGAGAAGAGCCUGAGCGCCUUGGUCGACCAGGAGAACGUGGAGGCCUUCCUGAGUGAGGCUGAACGCUUUCAGGCCCUUCAGCUGGUGCAGUACUGCGAGUGGUUCAAGCGGCAACAGGAUUGGCGCCAGACCCGACCCUCUCACAGCAAGCAGCGUCGACUUCCUUCGGUGCCCGAAUCCGGGAAGUCCAGCCCGGGAGCGGAGGGCCCACCCACGCCGUUGAGUGAGGCACCAAUGCAAGUAGAAGAGGAGUGGCAGGUCUUAAAGGGAUACAUGGCCGAUAGCUGAGAAGCGUGGCCCAGACAGAUGUAGAACAUUCAGGACGUUCAGGAGAUUCGGUUGAAACCUAG